AUGUACUGGGCUGCUGGCUUCGCCUCCUCCCGGCCGUGUGUGGUCGAACUCGGGCGGAACCACAGCCUGCCCCUCGGGCUGUGCGCCUCCGAGCAGCAGCACUCGUUGUAUGGCUACAUCAUUGCCUUCCCUCUGCAGGACUACGGAGGCAUCAUGUCGGUGCUGGGCUCGGACUCCUGGUGGAAGAAGACCCUGUACAUCACCGGGGGGGCCCUGCUGGCCGCGGCUGCCUACCUCCUGCAUGAGCUGCUCGCCAUCAGGAAGGAGCAGGAGCUGGACUCUAAAGACGCCAUCAUCCUUCACCAGUUCUCCAGGCCAAAGAAUGGUGUGCCCAGCCUCUCACCCUUCUGCCUGAAAAUAGAGACGUACCUGCGUAUGGUGGAUCUGCCCUACCAGAACUACUUUGAUGGGAGGCUGUCGCCGCAGGGUAAGAUGCCCUGGAUCGAGUACAACCACGAGCAGGCGUCAGGGUCAGAGUUCAUCGUGGACUUCCUGGAGGAGAAGCUGGGCGUCAACCUCAACAGUAACCUCACCCCGCAGGAGGUAGCCGUGUCACGAGCCAUCACCAAAAUGGUGGAAGAGCACCUCUACUGGACGAUAGCUUACUGUCAGUGGGUGGACAACUUGGACGAAACCCAGAAGCUUCUGUCCAUGAGCGGCCCACUGAGCGACACACUGAAGUGGCUGCUGAGCCACCUGAACGGCAGCAUGGUGCGCAGAGAGAUGUACGGCCAUGGCAUCGGACGCUUCUCCAAGGAGGAGGUCUACACCCUGAUGGAGAAGGACUUGAGGACGCUGGCUACACUGCUGGGUGAUAAGAAAUACUUUAUGGGCUCUAAGAUGUCAACACUAGAUGCCACAGUGUUUGGACAUCUAGCGCAGGCUAUGUGGACUCUACCUGGGACACGACCCGAACAACUCAUUAAAGGGGAGCUGAUCAACCUGGGUAUGUUCUGCGAGCGAAUGCGGAGGAGGUUCUGGCCCGAGUGGUUUGUGGAGUUGGAGGAUCUUUAUUACGAUGGAGACAGUGAGAGCAGCAGUGGCGGCGGUGGCGGCUCCCCUACAGGCCUGCUGGACUUUGGCCUCUUCUCUAGGACUGACACUCUGGAAGACAGCGAGGCCAGCAACCACUCAGCCAAGCACACUCACUCACACUCCCCCGACUCCAACCACUCGCUGUUCGACUCGGAUGUGGGAACGGGGUCUGACAAUGACAUUCAGCUUAAGGAGGAACUAAUGCCGGACCUGGAGGUCUGA